AUAAGAUGGCGUCUUGAAAGUUGAAGCUUGCGUUUUGCAAUUUGCAUUAAUAGAAAAAGUGAUCGUUUAAAGUGUAUAAACAGUUUUAAAAUAUAGUUACAAGUUUCUGAUAACGGCGGCAGAUAACACAAAAACAUUUCCAGAUUUAACACGAAACCGUUUACUUGCAGUCGAGAGAGCUUCUUAUCGUAUUAGCGGGAAGGCAAUGUCCGAGGAGUCGGAGCGGCACGGGGAGCCGGCGAGUGACGCCCCGGGCGGCGCCACGAAUGCGCGCGUGCUCCUGAGCCCGCACCAGCUCGACGCCGCGAGCGCGGAGACGCUUCGCGCCGCGUGGAGAACCCAGGACUCGUAUAUUGACCACCUCGAAACUUUGAACAAACAGUUGGAAGGAAGCUUGGAAAAAGCGAAAGACAUAGAAGAUAGAAUAAAACAUCAGUAUGCAGAAUCACAACACAGAGAGAAGAUCCUUGUCCGGCGACUGGCAGCUAAGGAACAGGAGAUUCAGGAUUAUGUAAGUCAAAUAACAGAACUGAAAUCAUCACAUGCAAGUCUCAACGGCAGACCGUCUCUAUUGGACCCUGCGGUUAAUAUGCUAAUAUUAAGGUUAAAGCAAGAGUUAACAUCAACAAAAGCUAGGUUAGAAGAAACACAAAACGAACUCUCGGCUUGGAAGUUCACACCUGAUUCGAACACGGGCAAGAAGUUGAUGGCCAAAUGCAGACUCCUUCAUCAGGAGAAUGAGGAGUUGGGCCGGAUGACGUCCAGUGGGCGGAUAGCCAAGCUGGAGGGAGAUCUCGCACUGCAAAAGAGUUUUAGCGAAGAAGUAAAGAAAUCACAAUCAGAAUUGGACGAGUUCCUGCAAGAGCUGGACGAGGACGUGGAGGGGAUGCAGAGCACUGUGCUGUUCCUGCAGCAGGAGUUGCGCGCCACCACUGCCACGGUGAACGGCAACCGAGCCUCACCCGCUGACAAACGGACUUACUCGGGCAGUGAGUGCAGUGACACACCCCUGGGCAAGAGGAGACGGGGCUCCGUCCUCUCCUUGGACUACAACGAGGAGGAGGAACCGCUCACAGUCACCAACGGAGAGGCUGAAUAGCCCGAGCCCCCCCCCCCCCCCAGAGGGCACCUCCCACGUUUCGUUUAUAUGAACCAGUGAAAACCGUGUACUGUUUUAUCCAUUCUGCCCAAAUUCGUUGAUUCGAAGUUUCCAAUGAGUGGUCAUUGUAUAAUAAACACUUGUCGGUGUCACUCGAUUAAAGAAAAAUGUGAAAUGCUUUAUUAGGACAUGUUGAAGUGUAUUUCUAUAACUAUGUACUAUGUUGAUGAAAAUAAAAAACUAAUAAUAAAUAUAGACAAGUAUGUGUCAUUUCCAUUGACAAUGAUUGGUGAUGAUGGUGUCGAAUGUGAUGAUGUUAUGAUGAUGAAACAAUUUGAGUUAUGAAAUAGUUUGCGUUCUGAUGGUGGACCAUGUGAUCAGAUUUGAUGGUGAAGUUUGUAUUUGUUGUACACUUGAUGAAAUAUGACAAUCACUUGAGUUGACAAUUAUAUAAUUUAUUUAUGUAAAGUGCAUUAUAACUUGUGAUAGAUUCAAUACGUAUGUAUGUAUAUUAUAUGAGCGAUGACAUUUUGUUGCCUGUAUUUGUUUUAUGGCAUUUGUUUUUUUUAUGCCACAGUUAAUGUAAAGUCCAUAUACUAGCGUUAAUGUCGACAUCAAGCCUAAUAUAUUUAUAUAUUUAGUAAAUGCCACGUUUUUAUUGAAUUUGUGAUUUUCUACAUAAAAUGUUUCUAUUUUCAAAUUACAAUUAAUGUAUAUAUAGCUAUGUUAAUAAACAUAUUAUUGUCCGUA